AUGGAAAUAUUUUCUGAAGAAAAAAUUGAGUUUAAUAUUGAACAAAUUGCAAAUUCUAAUGAAGAUAUAAGUGAUGAAAACAAUGAAGAUAUUGAGGAGACCGUCACAUAUUUUACAUCAAAUUUAGCUGUUAAUGCUAAUAAUAUAUACUAUACUACAGUUUUUGUUGAAUAUCCUUCAACAAGUCCACAUAAUAGUAAAGGGCCAUCAG